AUGAAGAAUAUUUUUUGCCUCGGUCGGGUUAGGGUUAUUUUUCAUGUUGCUGGGAAAUACAGGUAUAUCAUAUCCUACAAAAAGGCAUGGAUUGCAAAGUGUAAGGCAAUUGAGUCGCUGUAUGGAAAUUGGGAGACAUCUUACAACGAUUUGCCGCAGUGGAUACUGGUAAUGAAAACAUAUCUACCAGGUACCAUUAUAGAAUUGCAAUCCUUACUUGUGAUUUCAAAUUAUGGUUCACACUUGGGUGACCAAAGGAUAUUUCAUCGCCUGUUUUGGGCGUUUCGACCAUGUAUACAUGGUUUCGCGUAUUGUAAACCUAUUGUGCAAGUUGAUGGAACAUGGUUGUAUGGCAAGUACAGAGGGACUCUGUUGAUGGCUGUGGCACAGGAUGGGAGCGGGAACAUAUUUCCGAUAGCGUUCGCAUUGGUUGAAAGUGAGACAAAGGAAGCUUGGAGUUUAUUUCUUAAGAUCUUAAGAAUACACGUUACUCCCCAAGCAAAUAUGUGUCUAAUAUCAGAUAGGCAUGAAUCAAUAAAGAGUGCAUAUAACAAUCCGGAAAAUGGACGGCAGUAUCCUCCAUCAUCACACGUCUAUUGCAUUAGACACAUCGCGCAAAACUUCAUGCGCGAGAUAAAAGACAAGGAUCUGCGCAAAAUAGUUGUUAACAUGGGUUAUGCGUUAACAGAGGCGAAAUUUAACUACUAUCGGGGGAAAAUCCGAAGAACAAACAACGACGCUUUAUCAUGGAUAGACAACAUCCCUCGGGAGAAGUGGGCAAAGGCAUUUGACGGAGGGCAACGCUGGGGUCACAUGACAACUAACCUAGCAGAAGCAAUGAACUUGGUGCUAAAAGAAACUCGAAACCUUUCAACCACUGCAUUGGUCAAAUCUACGUACUAUCGAUUAGGAUCACUAUUUGGUAGAAGAGGCCAUCAAUGGACAAAAAUGUUAGCCUCUGGGCAGGUUUUCACUGAUAACUGCAACAAGGGGACGGCUGAGGAAGUCAUCAAAGCUAACACGCAUAACGUCAUGCAGUUCGAUCGCGAGAGAUUUUAUUUCAUGGUCCAAUAG